CUCCUCAUGAUCUUUCUCUCUCCUCUCCCUCUGACCUCUGACCUCUGUAACUGCUUCCCUCUUACCCCUAAGCCCUCAUGUUGUCUCCUUGUCUCUGUCUCUCCAGAGAUCUGAAACUGGAUAACAUUCUGCUGGAUGCACAGGGCCACUGUAAACUGGCUGACUUUGGCAUGUGUAAGGAGGGGAUCCUCAAUGGAGUCACCACCACCACCUUCUGUGGAACCCCAGACUACAUCGCUCCAGAGAUCCUACAGGAGCUGGAAUACGGCCCCUCUGUGGACUGGUGGGCUCUGGGGGUGCUUAUGUACGAGAUGAUGGCUGGCCAGCCCCCCUUUGAGGCCGACAAUGAGGAUGACCUGUUUGAGUCCAUUCUCCACGAUGAUGUCCUCUACCCAGUGUGGCUAAGCAAGGAGGCCGUCUCCAUCCUCAAAGCGGUCAGUGACCUACAGUAUACCUACCUGUUCUAA